AUGGCCUACCUCAUUGAGAUCAAAGGUGGAAAGGAGAAAAUUUAUAAAAUUUUAAAGACCCUCACUAAGAUUCCUCUUAACCUUAAAUUUCACGAUCCUGUUGUCCUUCCUGAGCUCACAGUCUCCUCCUGGUCUCCCCCCCGCAGGAAGUGGCUCUGGCAUUCGGGGCUCCUGAAGGUCCGGGAGCUGUUUCUGGCAGCAUGGGGGGUGUAUUCGAAGUCUGUCCCAGCCAGCUGUGGGCAGUUGCUAAGUCAGCUUCUGCUGUGCGCUCUCAUCGCCGGGGCUGCCGGCGGACUCACCUACAACUGGCUGGCUACCUCCCUGAUGUACUCAGCAAGGACGUCCGCAGAGGGAGCCGCGGCUUGUGGCUUCCUGCUCUUCCUGGCUCUGGGUCUGGUCCACCCAGCCCGGUGCCUGCUGGCGAUCACUGUGCCCACAUUGGGCACGAGGCAGGGCCGCCGCCUGCUCCUGUCGGCCGGCUUCGCGGAGCUGGCCACGCAGGUGGUCCCCAACGUUCUGGCCAACGUGGCUGCCACCACCCAGGUGCUGAGGUGCGUGGCCCAGGGCUCGCUGGAGAGUCUGCUCAACUCCACCCGUCAGCUGGAGGCAGCCACCGAGGCCCUGGACCGGGCGUCUGGGCGGACAGGGGGCCGGGGGCUGGCCUUUGAGACCCCCAGCAACUGCUCCGCCCUGCAUCUCCAGAUGCUCGCGGCCACCCAGAGGGUGCAGGAGGAUGUCUCGGCCCUGGAGGCGCUGCUGCGGGGACUGGCUCUGGGCACCAACCGCGUGCUGGCUGCAGUCUUCAUUCUCUCCCUCUUGUCCGAGUCAGUGCGGUACUUAAAGGGCUAUCUGACCAAUCUGCGGUUCGAUAACCUCUACCAGAGCAAACAGCUGGAGCGGCUGCUCAGAGAGAGCCCCGCACCAGCCUCUGCUCCGGCGCCGGUCCUCAGCGUGACUGGCCUGAGGCUUUCGCGGGCUGAGAAACUCCACUGCCUCUUCCGCCUGGCGUUUCUGGGGAUGCCCCUGGGGGCCAUGGCCGUGAUCGUGGCUGCAGAUCACGUGGCCUUCCUUCUGGCAAGCAUGGCUGUAGCCUGGGCCCAGAAGCUGCCCACGCUGCCCAUCCAUCUGAGCAUCAAGUAUGAUGCCAAGUACACACUCUUUGCCUUCGUCUCCUUCAUCUUCAAUCAACCUUCUGAAGGGAAACCCCUGGACACUUACCAAGGCACAUAUAAGUGGGAGCUCCGCUUCACCUCAGACAGUUGCCAGCUCUACCCUGCACAGCCCCCACAAUACACAGCUGCCUUGGCUGCAGGGACCCUCUUCCUCAUUGCUUCUGCCACAGUCUUCCUGGAGACCUACGCCCGCAGGCUGGUUCAUAAAGUGGCUGCCUCCUUCUUCAAGGCUCAGGAGGAGCAGAGGGCCCGAUACCUGUUUGCCCGGCUUCACCAAAGUCACUAAAAGAAGCAAGCAGAAUCCUUACAUGCCCAAGGUUCCUCUUGCUCAUGUUCUUCAGUCCUCUGGUCAGCACUGGGUUUAGGACCAUUCAUAUACGUGUGGCGUUGAGGUCCAGGGAUACCUUUGAAUGAAUGCUGUGAGAAUCUCAGGGAUGCCCUCCCAGGUCAUGCUCUCAGACCUUCUGAAGGAAGACAGAGCUCUCUUUUCCAGGAUGUCAAAUUCCUCCUAUGAAGGAUUUGAACCGAACUGGAAUACCCAAGAACACCCAAGCUGGAAGUCAUCUCAGAAUGAAAGGCAGAGCUGGAAUGAACUUAAUUUUAUUUUUUUUUUAUUAUAGCUUUUUAUUGACAGAACAUAU